GCGAGCCAGGCUUUGGAAGAAGAGAAUCUUUGUUGGUGACGUGUAUAUUUUAUGGGGAUCACCCAACUGAAUUUGUGCCAGCCUCUACGGGAACACUGAUGCCAGCAGUUUAAGGAUCUUCACGUUUGCUCUCAGUGGUAGUUAGCUAGUGUUGCCCGCGAGGCAGCGCCCGCCUUGCCCAGCCAUGAGGCUUGCCCUGCUCUGCGCCUGGCUGCUGCUGCUCGGCCCGUGCCGGAGCGGAGCCGUCACCUUCCCCGAGGACGAGGACCCCAUUAACGUCGUGGACUACCACUAUUCAAGGCAAUAUCCAGUAUUUAGAGGACGCCCUUCAGGCAAUGAAUCUCAGCACAGACUGGACUUCCAACUGAUGUUGAAAAUUCGAGACACACUUUAUAUCGCUGGCAGGGAUCAAGUUUACACUGUAAACUUAAAUGAAGUUCCAAAAUCAGAAGUUACCCCAAGCAAGAAAUUAACGUGGCGAUCCAGGCAGCAGGACAGAGAGAACUGUGCCAUGAAAGGCAAGCAUAAAGAUGAAUGCCAUAACUUUAUUAAAGUCUUCGUUCCAAGAAACGACGAGAUGGUGUUUGUCUGUGGAACAAACGCGUUUAAUCCUAUGUGCAGAUACUAUCGGCUGAGCACCUUGGAGUAUGACGGGGAGGAAAUUAGUGGUCUGGCAAGAUGCCCAUUUGAUGCCAGACAAACCAAUGUCGCCCUCUUUGCUGAUGGAAAACUGUAUUCGGCAACAGUAGCAGAUUUCCUGGCAAGUGACGCUGUUAUUUAUCGCAGCAUGGGGGAUGGAUCUGCCCUAAGAACAAUAAAGUAUGAUUCCAAAUGGAUAAAAGAGCCACAUUUCCUCCAUGCCAUAGAAUACGGAAACUAUGUUUAUUUCUUCUUUCGAGAAAUUGCCGUAGAGCACAAUAAUUUAGGCAAGGCUGUGUAUUCCCGGGUGGCUCGCAUAUGCAAAAAUGACAUGGGGGGCUCCCAGAGGGUCCUGGAAAAACACUGGACCUCCUUCCUGAAGGCUCGGCUCAACUGCUCCGUUCCUGGGGAUUCGUUCUUCUAUUUCGAUGUGCUGCAGUCCAUCACAGACAUCAUAGAAAUCAACGGGGUCCCCACCGUGGUCGGUGUGUUCACCACACAGCUCAACAGCAUCCCCGGCUCAGCAGUGUGCGCUUUCAGCAUGGAUGACAUUGAGAAGGUCUUCAAAGGGAGAUUUAAAGAACAGAAGACUCCUGACUCUGUAUGGACAGCUGUACCUGAAGACAAAGUACCAAAGCCAAGACCUGGCUGCUGUGCAAAACAUGGCCUAGCAGAGGCUUACAAAACCUCCAUUGAUUUCCCAGACGAAACGCUCGCCUUCAUCAAGUCUCACCCUUUGAUGGAUUCAGCUGUCCCCUCAGUCAUCGAGGAGCCCUGGUUUACAAAAACACGUGUCAGAUACAGGUUGACGGCAAUUGCUGUAGACCAUGCUGCUGGACCCUACCAGAACUACACAGUCAUAUUUGUUGGCUCUGAAGCAGGAGUAGUACUCAAAAUCUUGGCAAAGACCAGAUCUUUUUCUUUGAAUGACAGUGUAUUACUGGAAGAAAUUGAAGCUUAUAAUCAUGCGAAGUGUAGCGCAGAGAGCGAGGAGGACAGGCGAGUGCUGUCCCUGCAGCUGGACAAGGAGCACCACGCGCUCUUCGUGGCCUUCUCCAGCUGCGUCGUCAGGAUUCCUCUGAGCCGGUGCGAGCGGCACGGAGCGUGUAAAAAGUCCUGCAUUGCGUCCCGGGACCCGUACUGCGGCUGGUUAGACCAUGAGGCUUGUGGAAGAGUGAAGCCAGGCAUGCUGUUCUCUUUGUUUGUUUCAUACAACCACAGCACUGGAGGGUUCAUCCAGGACGUCGAAUACGGCAACACAGCGCAGCUUGGGGACUGCCAUGAAAUUUUGCCUACUACAGCUACACCAGAUUACAAAAUAUUUGGCGACCCAACAUCUGACAUGGAGUUCUCCUCAGCUUCCAUUACCACAAUGGCAAGUAUCCCAGUUAUAUCACCUAAAGUGAUUGGUUCCUGGAAACCUAAAGUGCCUGGCUCUCGGAAAUUUGUAGUUCAAGAUGACCCAAACACUUCUGAUUUUUCUGAUCCAUUAUCAGGUGUCCCAAAGGGUGUGAGGUGGGAAGUGCAAUCAGGAGAUUCCAACCAAAUGGUACAUAUGAAUGUCCUAAUCACUUGUGUCUUUGCUGCUUUUGUCCUGGGAGCCUUUAUUGCGGGAGUGGCCGUUUACUGCUACCGGGAUAUAUUCGUGCGGAAAUCCAGAAAAAUACACAAAGACGCCGAAUCGGCGCAGUCCUGCACCGACUCCAGCGGCAGCUUUGCUAAGCUCAACGGGCUGUUUGAUAGUCCCGUSAAGGAGUAUCAGCAAAACAUCGAUUCACCCAAGCUCUACACAAACCUGUUGACRAGCAGGAAGGAGCUGCCCCCGAACGGCGACACCAAGGCCAUGAUGAUGGACCCCCGGGGCCAACCUCCCGAGCUCGCGGCGCUGCCCACGCCCGAAUCCACGCCAGUUCUCCAGCAGAAGACCAUGCAGGCCAUGAAGAGCCAGUCGGACAAAGCGCACAGCAACCUCAACGCCUCGCGGAAGGAAGCGCCUCUAAAAAGCCCUCAGUUUUUUCCCUCCAGCCCUCCACCCCAUUCUCCUCUGAGUCACGGCCACAUCCCGAGCGCCAUCGUGCUGCCCAACGCCACCCACGAUUACAACACAUCCUUCUCAAACUCUAACGCGCACAAGGCAGACAAAAAGAUGCAACAUCUUGAUCACCCACUUACAAAACCCUCCAGCAAAAGAGACCACAGGAGAUCUGUGGACUCCAGGAACACCCUGAAUGAUUUCCUGAAACACUUAAAUGAAACUACUAGUAAUCCCAAAGCAAUUAUGGGAGAUAUUCAAGUGGCCCACCAGACUUUAAUGCUGGAUCCGAUGGGAAAUAUGUCGGAGAUCCCACCUAAGGUUCCCAACAGGGAGGCRUCUUUAUACUCUCCUCCGUCGACUCUUCCACGGAACAGUCCCACCAAGCGGGUGGACGUUCCCACCACGCCUGCGGUCCCCAUGACCUCUUUGGAAAGGCAAAGAGGUUACCACAAAAAUUCUUCGCAAAGGCAUUCAAUAUCUGCCCUUCCUAAAAACUUAAACUCACCAAAUGGUGUUUUGUUAUCCAGACAGCCUAGUGUUAACCGCGGCGGGUACAUGCCCGCCCCGGCGGGCACAAAGAUGGACUACAUGCAAGGGACGCCCGUGAGCGUCCACCUCCAGCCUUCCCUGUCCAGGCAGAGCAGUUACACGAGCAACGGCACCCUCCCUCGCACAGGCAUAAAGAGGACACCCUCCCUAAAACCUGACGUGCCACCAAAACCUUCCUUUGUUCCCCAGACAACGUCAGUCAGACCACUGAACAAAUACAGCUACUAGGACUGGUCUGGGCUAGGAACGAGCGUGGCGGCGGCCUGUGCAGGUUGUGAGAUGCUGUUUGGUGUGGGAGACACGUAAGACAGAGACUUGCUUGUAAUUAAAAAGAACAAAAAAAAAAAAAAAAAGUGGCCAAAGAAACUGUCUUUACUUCAGCAACAUCUGUGUCUUGCCACCAUGUAGCUAUAGCAAGACUUGGUGCACUUGCUAGGAGCAAACUAACAAAAACAAAGGAAAGUGCUGGUCAUUACAUUUCUUUUGUUUGGAGCUAAGGAGACAUGUAGCACAACGGGGUGGGGGCUACUUUACUGUUCUAAAUAGCUGAAAAAAGUUCCUGGAAAGAAAAAAAAAAAAAAAAAAAUCUGUGAGCAAAUACUUGAAAAAUGGGUUCCAUUUUAGACUGCCGUUAAACGUGGUCCUUCCCAUUAAAUGUGAACAUUUUAAUAUGUAUGCAUUCACCUUGCCUCUUGCACAAAUGUCAGAAAAUGGAAAUGUCUCUAUGAAUAUCUGGGCUAAUAAUCGAUUUGCUGGAAUUCAGUCUCUGGCCCAACUGUAGCAUUAUGGUUUUUCUUUUUUGUUUUUAAUUCCUGUCCAUGUGUGUGGCAUGUUGUUGGUGCCACCGAUCAAGCUGUGCGUGUGUGCGUGGAUGUGCGUGUGUACUGUACACACUAGGAUGUACUUAGGUUCCCAUUGCAUCUUUUAUGCUAUGGAAUUGUUUACAUUGAGCACGACUGAGCAACCAGGCAGCUCUUCCUCGGGCAGCGCGCGGCUCGGGAGCGGCGGGAGCCGCCGAAGGAGCGCGGGGACGGUCAACCCUUCCCGCCCCGGGCGCGCUGCUCUGGCCUCACAGCUCUGCAUUUCACCCCUUGGGCUGCCGUGGGGGGGUUUGCUGCCCCCCCAUCCACUACCCGGCCACUGUGAACUCGAGCCCUGCACUUCUCCUCGAGGGCAGCUAAUAAUCAGCAAUUUGCUUGGCAGCGGCCUGUGUCACGCACCGGGCUGCGGCUUKGUGGCGUUUCGUGAUGCCCUGCACUCUGAUAGACUCUUGUCAGUAGAAAGGAAGAACCAGUAAUUGGCCUGGCAGAAGCAGCCUGUGAAAACUCAACAGUAGUGCAAUCAAUUUGUUUUUGUUGUGUAAUGUAAGAGGUUUUUUUUUUUUUUUUUCCCGAAGUCAUGCAGGUAAUGACAAUAUUCUGUAAAUAUUAUGUGUGAGUUUACCUGAAUCUGUGCAUUUUGUGCCUUAUCCAUGCAAAUGAUAAAAGUACUAAAAAAAAAAACAAAAAAAAACCUGUCAAGUGUUCUCACUAUAGCACAUAUUUCCUGAGUGCCAGUGUAAAAAAAAAAAAAACCUCUCAACAGCGCCCAAAAAAAAAAAAGAGAGAUGAAAGGCAAGAAUAAUUAACGAUAACUAAAGGCAGCCUACAAUCCAAGAAGACAGCAGCAUUAAAUCACCUUGCCAUGAUAAACAUUCCACCCCAGCUCUCCGAAGGAUCAAACAGUUAUAAUGCGAAAUCAAAUGAGGUUUCUAGGGUAAUGGAACACCUGCUGAAGUUGUGUAAGCCAUUUAGUAGGUUUUACAGUAUCCACUUGCAGCUGAUGUUCAACACAGAUGGCUAUUUUAGCUUGCAAACACAGACUACCACAUUGUUUAUUGAACAUAACUCUAGAAAUAACCGUGGCAGAGGCGUAGGCAUGAAUUAGCGGGACAAAUAACUGUGAUGGGUUUCAGAGCCGAAGGAGACUUAUAUGAUCUGUUUGAAGGGGAGAAAAGGUUAGUCACUGAAAACUGGAUCUCUGUUACAGAACAAAGAAUAAAGGAUAGAAGUAGUCAUUUUUUAUGGUAAGGCUGUAAGGGACAUUUAUUUCCUGAGACCUCUGGAUCCAAAAAUCAAUGAUCUCUCUUCCUAAACACUUCUGUCUUGCAACUAAAAACACUACAAGAUUAAUAUCUAUUAAAAAUGUACUCAGUUGUCAAAAGACAAAAACUGAUCCGAAUUCACUUUACAAAUAUUAAUUCAGACUUGUGUGAAAACAAAAGAUAAAUGUAUGUGAACCCUGAUAACCUCCUGUAACAUUGUGCUGCCUUGUAGAUGGUAAUGUGAGUUCUCUCAGUAUUUAUGUUGAAAUUUCUAACAUUCAACCUAGUCUUUAUUCUGUUAAUUUAAUAAUAAAA